UGCUGCUUAUACGUCUGACAUAAGAAUCACCCCCCUCCCCCCUUUUCUGGUUGGUACCGUCCAGGAGGCUCUGUCAAACAUGGCGCUGUGCUGUGGGCCGCUGCGGGCUGCCUGUGCACGGACGGGUUCACUGCUCAGACAAUGGCCACAGUCCGCAGCUGCCACAGCAGCUCUCCUUAGGCCGCUGGUAAAUCCCUGCAUGUCCGGCAACAUACGCCAUUUGUGGGCGCUGUCCUCCCCGCUCACUAGAUCCGCACAGCGUGUUCUUCCUCAAGCAGGACACCCGCUAGCCCCUACCCACAGCGGCACUAUUCUCAGCAGUGUAACAUCAUUGCUCCCAAGUAUCCUUCAACAUCCUUCUAGGAAGAUCACGUAUGUAAGUGUUCGGAAAGGAAAGAGAAAGUCUGUGAGAUCUGUAACCAAACGUUUUAUGCGUCUGCACUGCGGGCUGUGGAUCCGGAGAAAGGCUGGUUAUAAAAAGAAGCUGUGGAAGAAGAAGGCUGCUAGGAAAAAGCGUCUCCGAGAAAUAGUUUUCUGUAAUAAAACCCAAAGCAAACUGCUGGACAAGAUGACCUCACCGUUCUGGAAGAGGAGGAACUGGUACGUCAAUGACCCCUACCAGAAAUACCACGAUCGCACCAACCUCAAAGUGUAGACCUCAUCCCGUGCAUUCUUUAUCAACUGUAAUAAAAUGUAUAUGAGCUUUACCGUG